AUGGGUUCUGUCAUAGAAGACGUUAACCUGCUAAUCAGGCAGUUCAACACUACGAGUGACCCAGAGACACUUGGGCAUACUUUACAUGGACUCAUCGAAUAUGCAGCGAGCCGCCAUAUGAAUAAAACAGCCUUGAUAUGUGCCGACUCGGAGUUGACCUUCAAAGAGGUCAACGAGCGCGCUAAUUGUUACGGCAACUCUUUGAUCAAACAGGGAAUUGAACGCGGCGAUAUUGUCGGCGUUGCCCUGGAUCGGUCAAUUGAUCUUGUACCUAUGCUUUUGGCAGUAUUGAAAGCCGGAGCAGUCUAUAUACCUAUCGAUCCUUCUUUACCUCCACAAAGGAUCUGCCAGCUGCUGGCUGAUUCACACUCGAAACUUGUCAUCGCCGAUGCCAGUUCUCUCGAUGCUUUGGCAUCCUGGCAAGGAGCCUGCUUGACAAUCAAUCAAAUACGAGACAUGGCGGUCUCGGGGUGCAAUGGCUGCAAUCUCAAUGUGGAUGUACAGCCACAGGAUUUUGCCUAUAUCAUAUAUACGUCUGGAUCGACGGGUAAGCCCAAGGGCGUGAAAAUUAGCCACGAGGCUGUAUGCAACACUCUGCUAUCCACGAAGCGAGAACCAGGAUGCCAUGAUACAGACCGAAUAUUGGCAAUGAGCACUAUUUGUUUUGACAUGGCCAUUCUAGAAUUGUUUCUUCCACUAAUCAGUGGCGCCACAGCUAUUAUUGCUCAGAGAAGCGAGGUCAGAGAUGCGGAAGCUCUUAAACAUCUUCUGAGGCGUUACUCGGUGACCAUGAUGUAUGGAACACCGGCAAUCUGGCAGAUACUAUUGGAUUCUGGCUGGCGAGGCGAACCGCGUCUCAAAAAGAUGGUCUCCACUGGCGAAGCCCUUUCCAACGACCUUGCUAAGCGUCUGCUCACUUGCGGAGACGGCCUGUGGAACUUGUACGGCGCAACAGAAGCCGCGAUAUAUACAACCGUCUGGAAAGUGUGCCGAGGAGAAGAUGUCAUAAUUGGAAGCCCCAUCCUGAACAACCAGAUUUACAUACUCGAUGAGAACUUAUCACCAGUGCCACUUGGGGGCUCUGGCGAAGUGUAUAUCGGGGGCGUUGGUGUAGGCCGCGGCUAUCACAACAAUCCUACGCUCACGGAGUCUUGUUUUCUAAAUAGCCCGUUCAAUAAGGGGCUGCUAUACCGUACCGGCGACUUGGGUCGCUUUAUUGCGCCUGGGAAGAUGUGCAUUCUAGGUCGUCGCGAUGGCCAAGUCAAGAUCCGGGGCUAUCGUAUCGAAGUUGGAGAUAUCGAAGCAUGUAUUAGCAGUCAUGACGAUAUUUCUGGUGCUGCCGUAAUCAGCCGCGAUGACCGUCUGAUUGCCUACUGCGUGCGGAGGUUGGAUUCCAACUCCCAUGGGCCGAUUAAUGCAGCCGCUCCGGCACUCGAUGGUGUUCUUAGGCCAUGGAUAGCAGAACGUCUACCAGGUUAUAUGAUUCCAGCAUUUUUCGUCGAACUCGACUCGUUUCCACUGACUCCAAACGGGAAAAUUGACCGCAAGGCUCUUCCUGAAAAUGAAAAUGGGGAAACGGUCGAGGCUACGGCACAGACGAAGUCCGGUAAUGAGCUUGAGAGGAGUAUUUUGGCCAUUUGGUCCAAAGUGCUUGGCCAUGACAAUAUCAGCCUAGAUGUCAACUUCUUUCACAUAGGAGGUGACUCUCUGCGAGUUGUCCGCGUUCAGAAAGAGCUAGAACGGCUCUUGGGACGAUGGAUAUCCUCAGCCAAGAUAUUUGAGCACAACACCAUCAAGACAUUAGCAGAGUAUCUUGGCGGCAUCAAUGAGCCCGUACAGGGGGCGCCGGUGGCCGGAUUGACUAACACAUGCCAGAAUGGCGUCAGAUAUAGUCACGGCAACGAAGAUAUUGCAAUCAUCUCCAUGGCAUGCCGACUACCUGGUGGCAUCGCUACCCCUGAAGAUUACUGGGAGCUGCUUGUCAACGGAAGAGACGCCACCACAGAUGUGCCUAAAGACCGGUGGGAUGCUGAUGCCAUAUACGAUGCGGACCCAAACGCUAGUGGCAAAUCAUAUUGCCGAAGAGGCGGGUUUAUAACCUCUCCAGCAAUCAAUUCCUUUGACGCCUCCUUUUUCGGCAUAUCGCCGCGAGAGGCUCAGGCGAUGGAUCCAACUCAAGCCGUGAUGCUAGAGACUUGCUGGGAAGGUUUUGAGCGGGCUGGUUACACGACUGAGCAGCUACGUGGCAGCCGAACCGGCGUCUUCAUUGGCUCUAGCACUAUUGGGGCUCAUUCUAGCCUACGCCAGAACUGUGAUCUGGAAGCUCUUGAUGGAUACGCGACUACCGGGACGGCUGGUAGCGUCUUGUCGGGAAGAGUAUCGUACGUACUCGGCCUUGAAGGUCCAAACCUCACAGUUGAUACCGCAUGCUCAUCAUCGUUGGUUGCGACACACCUGGCCUGUAAUGCACUGCGUCAAAGGGAAUGUGAUAUGGCUAUAUCUGGUGGCGUGAGUCUUCUGCUCGGACCUGGGCUCUACGUCGAGUUCAGCCGGCUCAGGGGCAUGUCUGCAGACGGCUGUUGCAGGGCAUUUGCGGCUGACACGCAAGGUACAGGGUGGGCCGAAGGAUGUGCCGUCGUUGUUCUCAAACGCCUGUCUGAUGCUCAACGUGAUGGUGAUAUAGUCCAUGCUAUAUUACGGGGCACUGCUGUCAAUCAUGACGGACAGAGCGCCAGUUUGACGACGCCAAGUGGCCCGGCUCAGAAGCGUCUUAUACACGAUGCCCUUGCGGUUUCAGGUUUGCAGCCGCCUGACAUUGACUAUAUCGAGGCUCACGGCACAGCUACAAAGUUGGGUGACCCUAUUGAAGGAACGGCAUUGGCUGAAGUCUUCAAAGAUAGCCGAAUCGAUACCACAGAGCCGCUGUGGAUCGGUUCAGCCAAAUCGAAUAUUGGUCAUACACAGGCGGCUGCUGGUCUUGCUGGUCUGUUAAAGGUGGUGCUAUCAAUGCAGAACCAGACACUCCCACAAUCGCUGCACGUAAAUGAGCCAACUCCGGAGAUAGAUUGGAAAGGUGCAAAUAUGUUACCGGUGCAAACAAAACGUCCUUGGCUUCUUCAUGGCGGUAACAGACCGCGGCGGGCGGGCGUCAGCGCCUUUGGAAUUGGUGGCACAAACGCCCAUGCCAUUGUUGAGGAAGCUCCAGUGAGGAAUAUUUCUGAACAUGAUCCUCUCACUCCGUUGCCUCACGAAAUGCCGUUUCUACUAUCGGGCCAAAGUGAUGGUGCACUUAGAGAACAGGCAGACAACCUACAUCGAUUCCUCUCUGAUACUACACAGGGGCUUCAAGACGUGGCUUUUUCUCUGGCAACUACUCGAAACCAUUUCAGGCAGCGGCUUGCAAUAAUGGCGAGAGACAAAGCAGAACUAUUGGAGAAGAUCUCCCGUGUCGCCCACCCCCUUGACGAUUCGUCUGUUUCUUUCAGCGAUUCUCCAACGACUGCGAAGCCUUGCCUAGCGAUGCUGUUUACCGGACAGGGCAGCCAGUUACUGGGUAUAAGUCAGGCUCUCUACGAUACCUUUCCCGUGUUUCGUGAGGCAUUGGAUGAAAUCGCAGCCAUGUUCGCCCCGAUGCUUGAUAAGCCACUGCUAGACAUUCUACUUGCAGAUAAAAACAGCAAUGAGGCGGCUGGGUUGUUAAAGCGCACCGACUUUGCCCAGCCUUGCCUCUUUGCGCUCGAGGUAUCUUUAUGGCGUCUGUGGCAGAGCUGGGGAGUUGAGCCAGACUUCCUGCUGGGUCACAGCGCAGGCGAGCUCUCCAUUGCUCAUGUUGCAGGCAUUCUGGAUCUAGCGGAUGCUUGUCGGUUGGUGGCAGCUCGAGGCCGCUUGAUGCAAUCUCUGCCGUCUCGUGGAAGCAUGAUCUCCCUCGAAGUUGGUGCCAUGGAUGUAACAGCAGCCAUCGUCGAGUUAUGCCUUGACGGCAAGGUUGACAUCGCUUGUGAAAACACGCCACAGCAGACGGUGGCAUCGGGUGACCCCGAGGCUAUCAAUAGUAUGGAAGCUUACUUCACGCAGCGAAAUCGCAAGACAAACAUCCUUGGAGUGUCACAUGCCUUCCACUCAUUCCAAAUGGACGAGAUGCUGGAGGAGUUUCGAGCUGUUGCAGAGAUGAUACAGUUUCACCCUGCCAAGAUACCCAUCGUCAGCAGCCUCACUGGUGAAGUAUCUCGUCAAGGAGAACUUGAAACAUCGGAUUAUUGGGUUCAGCAAGUUCGCAAGACUGUACUCUUUAGCAGCGCCGUGGAAACGCUCACAAGAGAGGGGGCCAACAUUUUCCUAGAAUUAGGCCCUCAACCAGUUCUAUGUGGCAUGGCAGCCGCGUGUCUCUCUGAUCGUGGAAGCAGUAUCAAGUCAAUGACAUGGCUGCCGUCGCUUGUUCCCGAUAAAGACGCCGUGGAAACUCUCCACAAGAGCCUUUCCGAGUUGCAUUUGCUUCAUGUUCCCGUCAGGUGGUCCGGCUACUUUGAGCCUUUUAGUUGUCGUAAGAUUGGCCUCCCGACAUAUGCCUUCCAACGACAGCAAAUCAUGCCAGUGAAAGCACCGCUUGUCGAUGACAUUUCCGUUGCCAAUGGCACAAAUCACAAACAAGCAAUGAGAGUUCGGGAUAUAGAGCAGUUUCUGUUCCAGGUCGACUGGCAUCCAGCCGGUAGUAAUACGUUCAAACCAGGCGGCUCAUGGGGCAUACUGAUUCCGCAUGGCGAAUUAGCUUGGAUGCAGGACGUUACAGAAGCAUUAUCACAAAGUGGAAUGACGCUGGUACCGGUCAAUGGCAUCAGAGACACGAAAGCACUGGCCGGCCUUGUUUGUUUAUGGGGUUCCGGUGAUGAUGUCUUGCAGGCAACACGAGAAUUUACUGCUGAGGCGCUCUCCCAACUUCAAGACGCCGUUGAUAUGGGAUUCUCUCUUCCAAUAUUAUGGAUAACUCGACAUGCAAUUGGGAUUAACCCUGAGGACCAAGUUGAUGGUUUGGGUGCAGCAGCUCUAUGGGGUUUGAUGCGUACGGCCCGUAGUGAACAUCCAGAGCUACUUCUACGUCUCGUAGAUAUAGAUGACCAAGACAUCACACCAGAGACGUUAUCGUGCGCUCUGAUGCUCGAAAAUGAGCCAGAGUGUGCUUUACGCCAGGGCAAUGUGAUUGUGCCACGCAUACAUCACGUAAAGCCACGGAUAACAAGAGAGAAGCCGUUCAAUAAGCCAUUGCUACGUUCAGAUGGUGCAGUGCUGAUAACAGGCGGCAUGGGAGGUAUCGGUCAGCAUAUAGUGAAGUGGCUGGCCGGCGCUCACGGCAUCCGAGACAUUGUGUUGCUGUCCCGUCGAGGCAUGGCAUCUCCUGGUGCUGAGACGAUUGUGAGCGAACUAUCACGAUUAGGUGCCAAGGUAACUGUGGUAGCCGGAGAUGUGGGAGACGCAAAUUGCGUUGAGAAGACCUUGGCUUUGUUCAAUGACGAUCGACCUCUACGCGGUGUUUUCCAUGCUGCUGGCGUUCUCGACGAUGGCCUUCUCUCGGCACUCACACCAUUGCGAUGUGAUGCUGUCUUUGGCCCAAAGGUAGAUGGCGCCUGGAAUUUACACCGCUUUACCCGAGGCAUGGAUUUAGAUGUCUUCAUCAUGUUUUCCUCCAUCUCUGGUGUCAUUGGCACGAUAGGGCAGGCCAACUAUGCUGCUGCCAACACUUUUCUUGAUGCUCUUGCCCACCUCCGGCACGCCGAAAACCUACCGGCCACUUCGAUGGCAUGGGGCUCUUGGUCCGGGGAUGGUAUGGCAGCUGAGUUGAAGGACAUGUGCCUUGCUUACCACGCGCAACUCGGCCUUGGAGCCCUUUCGCCGGAACAAGGUUUAGAUCUGCUUGACAUGGCAGUACGUGGCAAGAAUCCAUUUACUAUAGCGGCUAAAUAUGACUUGGAACGACUGUGGAGGUAUUAUGAAGAUGCAGACGGGAUACCACCUUUGUUUCAGUUGUUGUUGGGCCAAGACAGCAAGCAGGAUAGGGAAAGGAGAGGCUACGGCUUAGAAUUGCGAAAUUCUCUGAAAGGUGCCUCACCAGAUAAGCAAGAGAAUAUCAUUCUGAGAGUGGUGCGGACAGCGGUAGCCAAGACACUGGGAUUUGCCUCACCAGAUCAUGUCGAUGUUGAUGUUCCUUUGCAGAAGCUUGGGAUCGACUCCUUGGCCACAGUCUUGAUACGCAAUCAGCUGACUGCCACUCUAUCACCAUCUGCGAACAUCUCAUUUAAUCAUGAGAAUCUAAGGGCACUCAGCCAGUCUCUCCUGCCUCAUGUACGAGGGAACAGGACAAGUGGCCACGAGGCUAUAUCCGGCACAGUCAUUGAUACAACCACAAACUCUCACAGCAACACCCGAGAGGCAAGCGGACCUAAGCAACUUGUCAUUGACAACCGAUCGGUACAUCAAACUCUUCCCUCUGAGCUCGCCGUUUCGGAUCCAACCCUUGUCUCUUCGUUAAACUAUUUCUCAAGCUUACGCUGGUGCUCUUCUUUAAUCAACGAUUAUUCGCCAUCGUCAGGUCUUUUACCUGGCUACGGUCAGGCAAUCACGUUCACACCACGCUGCUUUAGCCCUCCCAGCCCCGAACAUGACCAAUUCUUCAGGAAUACUCUUUAUGAACAGAACAACAACGGAGCUAUCCGUCAUGCCCUCUCCCUAUUCAGGCCAUCGGAUACUUAUCACUUGGAAGACACGUCACGCCCAAUUGUCCGCGUGGCCACCCUUUUCGCCUUGGGUCGCUACACGUCUGGCCACAAAGGAAUUGUCCACGGUGGCCUUAUUGCCACACUCCUGGACGAAAGUCUGGGCAUCGUCAGCCAGGUCAAUACGGCGUUUAAAAAAUCAGGCUUCCACUCUACCGAUAUUUACGUCACCGGAUCUUUGAACAUCAGAUUCUUAGCCCCGCUGACGACGCAUGAGGAUGUUGUAUGCUUGACGGCAUGGGUCGAGAAUAUCCAAAGUCGUAACAUUGCAUUGAAGGCGAACAUGACAAACUCAAGUGGGAAGACUUUUGCCGUGGCAGACAGUCUCUGGGUAGCCGUUGAUGAGGGACAAUCAACUGCGUAA